AUUCACUCCACGAUGAGCGUGCGCGACAGCUUUCCUCCUGAGCAGCCCUCCGAGGGAUCUUCCGCGCCUGCUCGCCGCAAAAAGCGCCACCAAACGCUGCGGGCGUGUGAUUUGUGUCGUCGGAAGAAGAUCCGAAGCGAUGGCUUGGACGGAAAGAAAAUCCCGUGCACCAACUGUGCCGACUACGACCUCACCUGCACAUACGGGACCCACCAGUACAAGCAACCCGCGCGGCGAAUAAUUAUCGCAGACGGGCCUCCAAAGAGGUAUACAGACGCCCUCGAGCGCCGCUUGAGGCAGGUGGAGAGCCUGCUGCAGGAGCGGUGCCCCGACGUUGAUCUCGUUGCCGAAUUUGGUACUCCGCCGGCGGACCCGACGCGCGCGAGUGCGAGCGACCCUCCUUCUCCAGAGCCGUCACCAUCUGGUGGUGGGCAGGGCCUGUCUUACGUUGACUCCAUCAGCCUCGUUCUCAAGUCCAUUAUUGAGGACGACGAUGACACGACCGUGGCUGAUGACGAGGACGACGGACCCGAGCCCGCGCUUCGCCAGAGCACCAGCAAGCUGUCCCUUGACCCGUUCGAGUCUCGAUAUCAGAACAAGGCGCACGAGACGCGACUGUUCCAUAUCAUCAAGGAUAUCAAGGCCGACUACAACGGCGAGCCCAUGCGUGGGCCGGAGGCUGAGGUCUCCCGUCCGCAUUUUUCUAUCAUUCAGCCGUGGGAGUCCGUCACGCCCCACGUCUACCACUCGCAGUACUUCUUCCCCGACCCUGACCUGCUCGUGCGCCUCGUCGACGCGUACUUCGACAACAUGAACAUUUACUUUCCCGCCUUCCACCGCAUGAGCUUCGUCAAGGCGGUCUUCCAAGACGGUCUCCAUCUCUCGAAUCAGGCCUUUGGCGCAACGCUCCUCGCGAUGUGCGCAGUGGGCAGCCGCUUCAUGGCCGACGACCCGCGCGUGCUUGCCGAUAACUCCAACUCUCCGGCAAGCGCGGGCUGGGCCUUCUUCCGGCAGGUAGCAGACGGUCGGAAGAUUACGCUUGCGCGACCAACUCUGUUCGACAUACAAUUCCAACUGGUCGCGGGCCAAUUUUUGGCGUGGAGUACGGCCCCUCAGGCUGGGUGGAUUGAGGCUGGCCGGGGACUUCGAUACGCCGAAGACGUAGGGGCGCAUCGUCGUGCCUUUUACGAUGGCGUCCACACCCCUGCGCUGGAGGUCUGGAAGCGAACCGUGUGGUCGCUCAUAGUGCUCGAAGUAUUGUUGGGAGGUUGCCUUGGACGUCAGACGGCGUUGGCGAGCAAUCAAUAUGAUCUCCCCAUGCCUACCCCUGUCGACGACGAGCAUUGGGGCUCCGAACUCGAUGGCUACACCUGGAAACAGCCAGAGAACGUGAAGUCCGUCCUCGCGGGCUUCAACAUCUACAUCAAAAUUAUCAGGAUACAAGAUGUCAUGCUCCGUACCAUUUACGCGCUGAAGCCGACAAGGAGAUCCGCUGGUUUACCGACGAGUUAUGACCCCAAGAUUAUGUCCAUUCUCGACGCCGCACUCGACGAGUGCAUGGCCCAAGCCCCUCCGCAUAUACAAUGGAACCCGUCCCAAGCGGACCCGGUCCUCUUCAAGUACACCACCGCGCUCCACGCAUAUCUUCAGUACGUCCGGAUCGUGCUGCACCGGCCAUUCAUCCCGUCGCGCGUUGAGGUGUCGCACGCCUCCCUCGUUGCGUGCACGGAGGCCGCGCAUUCUAUUGCGCGUAUGGUGGAAGUGCACAGAAAUCGUAGCGGAGGACACGCACCGCUGCUCAUUCUCAUGACGUUCGCCGCGGGAAUAAUCCUGACGUUGAAUGUCUGGCAAUGCCGCAGAGGCGGCGUUUCGGGCGAUAAGCACGACAGAUUCUAUGAAGAGGCUUUGUUUUGCGUGAACUUCUUUGAACGGCAUGAAUCAAUAUGGCCAUUGGCAAACCGCUUCAAGGAUGCGCUGAAGGAGCUUCUGUCAAUUGAGCAGUAUCCGUCACCUCAGGAAGAGUGGCGGCAACCGCCUGAUCCGCGCCUGCCCGUCCCCUCUGAGUACGCACCGUACAGCGAUCCCCUCCGGCAUUCCUACGACUCCGUCUCGUCCACCACCUCAUCUGCCAGCUCUCCUACGGAUUAUGCUUGCAACCAGCCAACGACCUUCGGAGGUUGGCCUCUGGUGCCGCCGCAUCCCAACGUAGAUCUAUCGCCCACGCACAUACCCCAUCGCGUAUUACCUAGGUAUGGCGCUGCGUGGGAGCCGCCUCAGUCGGAGUGGGCGCAAGCGCAGGCCCAUCAACGCGCGGACCAUUGGCCGAAUGCGCCUGCGCUAUUGAUCGACGACUGGAGCUCAUAUAUCGACACCUUUCGCCAGUCGGGCCGAUCAGGCGGGGCGCAGAUGCAGCAAGCGCAUCAGCUUGGGGCUCAUCAUUCGCAUCCACAUAGCGGAGGCGACGCGUAUAUGAAUAUGAUGUAAAGUAUAAGGAUUGUUGAAUCUACUCAUAGACCAUC